UUAUAACAAAAUUUAUCGGUCAUUUAGCUGAGACUCAAACCAUCUUAUUUUUCAGUCGAUUUCGUGAAUGUAGUAUCACGAGAUACGCUGGACACGUUAUUCUACGACUAAAAAAUUUUCUCGAAAAUGGGACGUAUUGAACGCAAAGAAGCACCGAAGAAUAAGAAAAAGUUCAACAAGAUUAAACCAGCGCAGAAAACGCGUAAACAAUUACGAAAAGAAAAAAGACAACAAAAAAAGAUAAGUAGAGCAGUAUAUUAUCAAAAGAACAGGUCCAAAAAUCAAUCAGAAGAAAGCACUGAAAAAUCAACACGUGGUUUGGAAGAAGAUGAAGGAAACAAUGAAAGAAGAAAAACACUUAUACCAUUAAAGGAAGUGCAGAAACGAAAAAAGUCUAAGAAUAUCAAUGAAAGAAAAAAAGAGAAAAGGGUUAAAAAGCAAAGGAUAAAGCAAUUAAAAGAAGCAAAUCUAGAGGAGGACAAAACAAUUAAACAGUUAGAAAAGCGAUUGAAAUUAAACAAGCGGAAGAAUAAAUCUGUACCAAAAUCUUUUGUUUCAGAGGGCUUAGAUUAUCUUUUGGAUUUCUGUGAUUCAGAAAACAGAAAUCACAUGGUAGAAACUGAGAAACAGUUACUAGAAACUGGAUUGAGCACAGAAUUUGAAGAAGAUUUGAACAUGGCCAUUGGCGAGGAGGAUAGCGAAGAUAAACAUGAUGAAGAAGAACAGAACAUAGAUGAUAUGGAGGAACCUGAAGGAAGCAUAAAUGAUAGUGAAGAUUCCAAACAAGUCAUAGAUGACAAUGAGGAUUCUGAACAGGAGAUGGAAAAUGAAAAUAUUUUGUCCAAUGAGGACUCAGGACUAGAAGAUGGCGAGGAUAUUUCUUCAGAGGAAACAAAUAGUGUAAACAUAAAAUCUAAUAGUUAUCCAACAAAUGAUGAGGAUGAAGAGGAUGAAAAGUUAAAACAUGCGUCAGAGCAGUCGGAUGAUAAUGAAGACUUGUGGGAGGAUAUUUAUGGCAGGCAGAGAGACAAAAAAGGCAAUGUCAUUUCAAAGAAAUAUGUACCACCUGCCGCACGUGCAACAGAUAUCUCUGUUGACAGUGAGAAAGUUCGUAGAUUGGAAAGACAACUGAAAGGUAUUCUGAAUAGAUUGGCCGAGCAGAAUAUGCAUGCUAUUGCAAAUCAGGUAGAAGAGUUGUACAUGUCAAACAGCCGUAAUGAUAUGAAUGUAAUGUUAUCCAAGCUGAUGAUGGAAUCUAUAAUUGCACCAGUACUAACACCAGAUCGACUUAUCUGUGAACAUAUGAUGUUAAUCGCUGUGUUACAUGCAAAUGUUGGUACAGAAGUUGGCGCGCAUUUUCUAUUGACCGUUGUAAAAAAGCUCCACCACAUGUUGAAAGAAUCUUAUAGUGUUGAGAACAAAGAACUGGAUAACAUAAUCCUUAUUAUCUCGCAUCUAUAUAAUUUCAAGGUAUAUGGUCACCGACUUUUAUAUCAGAUAUUGGAAAAGUUGUCAGCAAAAUUCACAGAGAAAGAAAUCGAACUAAUUUUGCUGAUUUUAAGGACAGUGGGCUUCUCGUUGAGGAAAGACGAUCCUCUUGCAUUAAAAGAGCUUAUAUUAAGUCUGCAACAGAAGGCAAAUAAUGCUGCUAAGAAAAAUUCAAGGAUCAAGUUUAUGUUGGAAGUGUUAUUGGCAAUAAAAAAUAAUAAUAUGAACAAAAUACCUCAAUACGACCCAACUCGGAUAGAACAUUUGAGGAAAAUUCUGAAAAAUUUUAUCCGUAAAGGCAGUAGCGUUACGCAAUUUAAUGUGACCCUAGAAGACUUAUUAGAAGUCGAUGAAAGGGGAAAAUGGUGGAUAGUGGGAUCAGCUUGGUCCGGUCUCAAGGAUAUUGGUAAAUUGGAAAAGACUUCAGAGAAUGAUCAACAAAAAUACAGUGAACAAAUAUUAGAGUUGGCACGGAAGCAGAGAAUGAACACCAAUAUCAGAAGAGAUAUAUUUUGUGUCCUCAUGACGGCUGAAGAUUAUUUAGAUGCAUUUGAGAAGAUUCAUCACCUUGGCUUGAAAAAUCAACAACAGAGGGAAGUGAUUUAUGUCAUUUUUAGUUGUUGUGUUCAGGAGAAAAAGUUUAAUCCUUAUUACGCUAUAUUGGCACAAAAGCUGUGUGACACUGAUAGGAAAUAUCAGUUGACUAUACAAUAUGCACUGUGGGAUAAAUUAAAGACGUUGGACGAUUUCAACGUAAAACAGCUAACAAAUCUGGCGAAAUUCUUGACUCAUCUAUUCUUAGGAAAGGGUCUUCCGCUUUCCGUUCUGAAGGUGAUCCAAUUUACCGAAUUAGACAAGUCAACUAUGAGGCUUGUCCGACAGAUUAUGUUAGGAAUACUAUUACACGACACUUGGGAGACCUGCCUAGAGGUGUUUGAAAGAAUAUCAUUGUCUCCGAAGUUACAGACUUUCAGGGAAAGCCUUAGAUUAUUUAUAAAUCACUUUCUCGUGAAAAAUAUGUGCGCUGCUGAAAAUCUGCAGAAACAGAGUGCGUUAUUGCAGAAACGGGCAGAACUGGUAGAUAAAAUUUUAAGUGCUCGAGAAUCGAAAGUUAUAUUUUAAAAGUUACCUAGCAUAUAUAUACA